AGGAUGGGAAAGCAGCGUUUGCUCAGGAUUGUAGAGGUAGAAGACACGAGCAAAGUAUAAUGAACGUAGAGGAGAGAUAUUUAAAUUGAAGUAUCGAUUCAAUUACAAUUGUAUCGAUCUGAUACCAAUACCAGUGUUGGCAUCGAUACUAUCGAUAUUUAGAUCGAUCCGCCCACCCCUAGUUCUCCGACUGUGACGUAGAUUUCGAACGAGGAAGUAGUUGUGUCUGUGUUUACAUCUCGUAAAAAUCAUCAGAACCGCUGCUCAGGGCGAUGGGAAACACUGACAGUGUUAUAGUGCAGAAGCGCCUGUCUCAUUUUCGUCCAGAUGAAAGGCCUGUUAUCGAAGGGGUAUUUGAUCGACUUCUUGGGGCUGCCCCAGCUACAUCUGGAAAAACAGCGAAGGUUUUAUCCCUAGGCAUGUUAAAUGUGACUAUGGGAAAGAUGGCGUCAGAAUCAAUGAUAAAGAGAGUAUUCCAGGGCAUACAGAGUAUUGAUCCUGGUGUCCCGCUGCCAUCUGAUGGUGGGGUUUGUCGAGAACAGUUGGUGAUAUUCCUGGCGGAUAUUCUUCGGGGGACCGCUGAGGAGCGUGCACCUUUGGUAUUAGCAAUGGCAGGGGGUGAAAAAGCUGCUGCCGCCACAGCUGAGCAGAUCAGAGGUUUUGUGGAAGACCUGGUGUCGUCUACAGUACAGACUCUAGCUCACAGGGGACAUCUCAGAGGUUGGCAACCAGAUCGUAUGGGUGAUUGCCCACAAGGCGUUAAGUCGCUGGCAGAACAGUUGACCUCUGAAAUAAAAUCUUCAGAUCAGAACGCGUGUGACGUUCCUUGUCUGGAAGACUGGUUCUUCCGUAUCCCGACAAUGGCUGUGUUUUUGGAGCUUCUAAUUGGUGAGGGGCUAGGGGUCGGGCUGCCCUCUCAUCCUCCUCCGACUCUGUUGCCUCAGUGUCAGUGUGUGCCCUGGAGUGAUCUCCGCUGUCUUUUGAAUCUGCCUCUUCUGAUGUUCCUGUCACCUCAGCUUCCUGCAGGUCACAGUGCCCCCUGGAGGUUGUUAUUCUCCACGAACAUACAUGGAGAAAGCUUCACUCGACUGGUGGGUAACUGCAAAGGUCGAGGUCCCACAGUUUUGUUGAUGAAGGACACUAAAGGCCAUAUCUUCGGUGGCUUUGCUUCUCAAAGCUGGGAGGUCAAACCUCAAUUUCAGGGCGAUUCUAGGUGCUUCCUCUUUUCUGUGUUCCCUUUCAUGAGAGUGUUCACCUAUACAGGCUACAACGAUCAUUACAUGUACUUGAACCAGGGCCAGCAGACUAUGCCUAAUGGCUUGGGUAUGGGUGGUCAGCAUGGCUAUUUUGGGUUGUGGCUGGACUUUGACUUUGGCCAUGGCCACAGUAGGGCUCGACCACGUUGUACAACAUAUGGGAGCCCUCAGCUCUCAGGAGAUGAGGACUUUAAACUCGACACCCUGGAGGUGUGGGGAGUUGGUCAGCCACCUGAAGAACAGGAUCAGGAUGAGAAUAAGAAAAGCAUUCUAGAUGCAGAUCCUGAAACUCAGGCCAUGAUAGAAAUGACAGGAAAGACACUGCACAGCCAAGGCCUUCGAGAACCUGAGGAGGACGACUGACAGUGAAGAAGAUGUGGAUGUUUGUCGACGGAAGCAAACCAGAACUUCUUGUCUGUUUUAACAGUGUAGCUUUUAUGUAAAUAUGCAAAAGCUAGGAGCCGGUUUCCUGCCUUCUCUGAAAUAUUAAAAUGUGGACACAAAGAUGCUCUGUGCACACUGAUUGUGACAACAGUUCUCAUUUAAUAUCUGCAUUAAACUUUAUAUGAGGUG